AACUGACGGGAGCAGCCUGCGACGCGCUCCGCCUCCUGGCGCGGCGGCAGCGGACGGCGGAUGGGGCCGGUGGGGACGGCGGCCGUGCGGGACCCCGGCGGCGCCGCGCUGCCCCACGGCUUCUGGGCGGCCGUGCGCGUGUGGCUGCAGAAGCCGCAGGUGGCCAACAGGCGACUGAGCGGCGCCGCUGUCCAGGCGGAGGGGACGGUGUCCCUUGGCGAGGGCGGGGAGAUAUCGCCGUCCAUCGUCACCGCGGGGGCAGGUGGGGACGACGGCGGGCAGGAGGGGCGAACGGCGGGGGCCGCGGAGCUGCACCGGCUCUGGAGGGAGGUGCGGGGCCAGCUGGCUCUGCCGCCGCCCCUCACAGCCUGGGGCGGGCCUGGCGAGCUCCGCGCCGUGCUGAGGACGCUGCUGCCCCGGGGCCGCCCCGCCGCGCCCCCGGCCCGGGAGCUGGCGGUGCAAGAUGUUUACAAUGGAACUGUGACCUUUCUGCCUUUGGAGGAAAACAGUGAAGGAAAAUACCUGGUUAAAAAGUGCAAUAUUUAUCAAAUUCAACUUAAACACAUAAAAGAUGAGGAAUGGUCUGUAUCUGUUGUAGCUCCAUUUCCAGAAGAUUGGUUUUCAGAUGGAAUUGUGUACCCCAAACUAGCAUGGCUUGGAAAUGAACUUUUGUCCAAACUGGCUAAAUGGUCUGUGGAGCAAAAGCCCAGUGAGUUUAAAAGUACACUCUCACUCAUUUCAGUAGCAAAAUACAGCAAGGUUUAUCAGGACCUCAAAGAAAAGUACAAAGAGAUGGUAAAGGUGUGGCCUGAAGUGACAGAUCCUGAAAAAUUUGUUUAUGAAGAUGUUGCUAUUGCCACUUACUUGCUGAUUCUUUGGGAAGAAGAGAGAAAAGAAAAAGAGUUGACCAAAAAACAGUCAUUUGUAGAUCUUGGAUGUGGAAAUGGUUUGCUGGUUCAUAUUCUAAACAAUGAAGGGCAUCCAGGAAGAGGAAUUGAUGUGAGGAGAAGAAAAAUAUGGGACAUGUAUGGACCAGAGACACACUUAGAGGAAGCUACGAUCAUUCCAGGUGACAGUCAUCUCUUUCCAGACACUGACUGGCUCAUAGGAAACCAUUCAGAUGAAUUAACACCAUGGAUACCUGUAAUUGCAGCUAGGUCUUCCUAUUCAUGUUGUUACUUCGUGCUGCCGUGCUGCUUCUUUGAUUUCCAUGGAAAAUACAGCCGAAGACAAAGCAAGAAAACUCAGUACAGAGAAUAUCUUGAUUUUGUUGCCCAAGUGGGAUUUGUAUGUGGCUUUCAUGUGGAAGAAGAUUGCCUUAGAAUUCCAUCAACAAAAAGGGUCAGCUUUAUUGGGAAAAGCAGGACCUAUCCAGCUGCAGAACGUGCUCUGAUUGACAAGCAGAUAACAGAGUUUAUUAACAGCCGUCGGACCUGUGCUGUGGCCACGUGUGACAGAAGGGUUGGAUUUAACCAUGAAGAUCACUGUGGUGGUCUGUGCAAAGAAGCAGGCUCAGAACCUCCUGAAGAUGAGACUGAGACAGCUGGUACAAUUUGGAUGCCUGGAUUUCAACCCAGAGAAAAAGUAGAACAAGUCAGAAAUUGUGCUUCCCUCCCUCGGGACUUUGUAGAUGAAGUGGUUCUCAAUGUGGCGAACUUGCUGUUAAAUGCAGCCCCUCAAAAAUCAUGUUCUGAUAAACAGGGUGGAAAUAUGAAUACCUGGAAUCAAGGAGAAAGCCUUUCCUUGAGAGAAGUAGCAGAACACUUGGAUAAAGAGAUUUUAAAAAAGCUGAAAAGUGAAUAUGGAGGCCUGCAGACGCUACUCAAGAACAAUCAUCAAGUAUUUGAAGUUCUGGAUGGGAGAGUUCAUAUUCGUGACUGGAGAAAAGAGAAACCACCAAGUAAAACUAAACCUGAAGUGAAACGCCGCCUUUCAGCUGAAGCAUUCAAAACUCGCCUCUGUUGGUUUUUCAUUCAUCAUCCUGAUGGUUGUUCUUUACCUUCUGAAGCUUGCCCAUAUGCCCAUGGAACUGAGGAGCUAAGGCAGUCUCAGAUGAUUAAAAAGAAAAAACAUAUACAAUAAUAAAAUGUUGCAACUUUUGUUUAGGUUUAUGUACAUAAGAGAAUCUAUGAUUGAUUUUGGGACUGCAGAGUGUGUGAACAUCUGCACAAUAUGGAGGGAUUUUCCUCAUUUCUGUGCAUCUUCUUUUGCAGUUGGUUUACAAGUUCUCCUGUAUUUCUAAUUCUUUAUUUUUUUUAUUAACAGGUAAUAGGUAUAGUAAAGUACAUAUAUAUUUUUAGAUUUGUCACAGCUUGUCUAGUAUGUAUUUGUAUAAGUAGAAAAGUUUAAAAACUUAAUUUCCUGGGAAACUCCUCAUGAUCCUUAAUUAGAUCAAAAGUACAUGAUGCAGCAUUUUCAAACCCUGAAAAUUAGCCUGUUUUGUUCCACAUUUUCAAAGAGUGUUAAGUAAACAUCUCUGUCCAGCCAUGCCACUCUAGCAGCCACACCUGCAGCACCUGAGCUGGGGCUGAAGCCCCUUCACAGCAGGCAGCUCCAGUGAGCCCAGGGUUGCCCUGCUUGUCUCCCUACACCCCCCACUCACACAGUCAGACAAGUUUCCUUUACUCCCUGGCCCCAGGAUUCCCAUAGCACAGUCUCACGUGUCUCAAUCCUUAAAAUAAUUUAAACUUGGUGUAACAACAAAAUAACAGCUCAAGCUUCUGCCUCUGAUGAGAGACCUUGUACAAAGGAACUCCUGGGCUUUUAUACUCUCACAGGCCCAGCACACAAAGUCUAGGAGUCCUCAGCUCCUGCCUCAUCUCUGAGUGUCCAGUGCUGCCACAGGUCCCCAGGCUCUUUCCUAUGCAAAGGUGGCGUUUCUCAGCCUCUUGGCCUGGGGCUCCCACCACUCAGAGGUCAAUCUGCAGCUCACACUGCAGCUGCUCACCUUGCUACCUGCACUAAAUGUGUUCCUCAACAGGAGAAUUUGUGGUUUUUUUAUAACUCAUAGUGGCUCUUGGGAGUCUUGGAGUCAGAAAUGAGAGAGGUUUCACUCUUUCCUGGCUUGAUAGCUUCCUUUCCAUGUUAGUAUGCAGUAAUACUAUAGAAUACCCUUCAUAGUCCUUUCCUUGCAUUUUAUUUGAUUCAAAGUAAUUGAUUUGCAAGAAAAACUUUCUGGGAAAUGACUGUGGAAGUCUUCAGAUGUAGGUGUAGAUUUUUAAUUGUUUGUUGGCCACACUGUCAUAGAUUCAUAGAAGGAGUUGUGUUGGAAGCAACAUUAAAGAUCAUCUAGUUCCAACUUCACUGCCAUGGGCAGGGACGUCUUGCACAGAUUCCUCAAAGCCUCAUCCAACCUUGCCUUUUCUUAUUUACUUCUUACUCAAAAUAAGGAAUAAAAGUAGAAAAUCUGUUUAAUAAUAUUAGGAUGAUGAGGUUUCUGUGUAUCAGAUAACAGAGGAAUGUUUAGCACCUUGAGCAACUUUUAGCACCUUUGGUAGACUGUAAUUUUCUUGAAAAUGUGAAAAGAUUUAACUUUUAAAUGUUCAUCUUAAGAAGAAUAACGAAGCUAAUGGAGGAUGUAGGGAAUGUGUCUUGUUAGGAGCAACUCAGGAAAUGGGCUUGUUAGCCUGAUGAAAAAGAAGCUCAGAGGGCUCUUAUUACUCUCUACAGCCUGAAAGGAGGUUGUAGCCAGGUGGGGAUCAUUCUCCCAAGUGACAGGUUAAAAGAAAAUUACUUCAGUUUGCACCAGGGUGUCGCCCUGAUUUUUCUAAUAUUUUCUAAGCCUUCUGAUGUUUACCUCCUUGUGGAGAACUUUAUCGCACACUGUCUGGAGAUAACACAUUGUUUUGCAUUCCUUUAUAAAGGAGGAGAGACUUGAUAGACUAGUAGUUUGUCCAGUGGCAUUGGAGAGGUGGCACUGUCACCCUCCAAUCCACUGUCACUUUUGGAAAACUAUAAAUGUUGAGGUCAGAAAAUAAACUCUCUCUUUUGCUCUUCACCUUGGA